CGAAUUUUGGAGGAAUGAUAGAGAAUGAGAACGGCGGGGAUGCUUCACGUAACCACGUGAGGACGAUGUACUAUAGAAGCAGCACGAGAGAAAUAAUGAAACACCCAGACAGACGUUUCUCUAUCCACAUACGUAGAUAUGUUGCAUGAUAAUGCCCGGGGCACAUCAAGAUGCUCUGGAGACCAGGUAGAAAACUCCGAUAAGAUCCUGCGGAAGCGCCGGGAAUCUGUCGAGAUCGAGACGGCGAGAGCAUGUCACCUUCAUGCGACAGCGACAAGCACAGAGGCAAGACACACAAAGCCCUUGUUCAACACCUCUUCAUGUAUAGAGUAUGUGUGAAAAAAGAUGUAGCGGCCAUCCCACAACCCCGAUCCAAAGAGAAAUGAGGACUCCUCGCGAUUGGUAGGAAAGACGGACGCCUUCAAUCUACAGGGCCGGGAACGGAGGAAGGUCCAUUGAAGACAGACAACCCUCAGCAAGUCGCCGUAGCGAAGCCA